GCGGCCACAUCGACGCCGCUGCGUUCGUGUGCGUGUGCAUGACUCAAAUGACAUUUUAAACCCCAUCCGCGCGGUGGUGUUGGUGACCCCCACCCCCCUAUUCCUCUUGCAUCACACAUAUCAGUCGUGGCCCGUGCCUCGUUUGGUGAUCGUAAUGGUGACGCGUCGUGUGACCGACCGUCGGUGCUGAUGAAGAUCGCGGCCGAUCCGAAACGCGACGGUGACCUGGACACCACGCCGAGGAAAAAACCGUGCAGCAACAACAACAACAACACGAUCGAUUUUGGACAGACGUUCUGGCACAAUCAGCGCGAUAACAGUAUGCCGAUGCUGCUGCAUCAGCCCCCGGGUCAUAUGCUCCUCGCGAGCCACGAGACCGAUCAACCAUUAGACUUCACCAUGUCCAAGUUCAAGACCAAGACGGUCGCGUCUCAAAUCAAACAGUUCAACAAUAGCGUGCAUCACAUGAUGCUCAUCCAGAACAACGGACUGUAUUUCGAUCGAAGUAAUAAUAAUAAAAGUUUCACCCGAGGGAGUUCGCCAGCGUCGAGCAGCAGCGACGAAGAAGGUGUAGGACCGCCGAUAGGGUCACCCAGGUCCAUGCCUCCUAGUCCUGCGUCUCAUCCGUUUAAGGGCGACGAAUCGGUGGUGUCAUCCCCGAAUACGCCUACGGAGAAGCAGUACGGGAAACUAUGGAUAAGCGAAUCGGAAAUGCAAUGGCGGCCAGAAAUUCAGCCGCCUUCCGCGGAGGAAUCGAAAAUUGCUCUCCAGAAUCGACUAGGAUUAUCGCCGACCGAACCACGACCGUUGAACAGGAUAGACAAACCGCCCACGCCCCUGUCUCACGACGGUGGCGAUAUCAAACAGGACAUCAGCGACGACGACCAAAGCACUGCGGGCGACCACGUCCACGACAACAACGACGAAAACUCCCUAGACUCGGAGCGAGAUGGCGCACUCAAUUUGGUCACGGGAGGCGGUGACCAGCAGCCCAGAAUACCGACGCCGCCCCAGAUCCCGAACGCGGGAGCGGGAGUGUCGCCCGCGCUGGCAGCCUUGGGCGGUCUCGGCAGCAUCUUCAGCAACCCCCUCCAAAUGCUGGGCAGCCUGCAGGCGUUCCAGAACCCUCAGAGUCUGCAGCAGCUUCAGCAGCUCGCCAUGUUGCAGCAAGCGAGCGGUAACCAGAUCAAUCCCCAAGCUCAGUUCUUCCUGCAGAACCAGGGAUUUCUUCAGGGGUUUCCGAGGACGAACUUAUCGUCCAGGACUCCGCAUUCGCUUCAGGUACAGCAAAUAGCUCAGGCAGCGCAACAGCUGCAGCAGCUGCAGAAGGCACAGCAGCAGCAGCAACAGCAACAGCACCAACACCAACAGAACGCGAACCAACUAAACACGAGCGUUCCGCAGACCACGCAGCUGCCGCAGACGCAGACCACGCCCCCCAAUAACGCGCACGGAAUCCCCGCAAGCAUGCUGACGCCCAGCACCCCCAGCUCGGGGGGUCUCACGCCCCAGCAUCUGAAAACACCUUCGUCGCGGACAAUGGAACCUUCGACCGAGGAAACGGUCGAGCUGGAAGAGCUGGAACAGUUCGCGAAAACGUUCAAGCAGCGUCGCAUAAAGCUGGGGUUCACGCAGGGUGACGUGGGUCUAGCAAUGGGCAAACUUUACGGUAACGAUUUCUCGCAGACGACGAUAUCGCGGUUUGAGGCGUUGAACCUCAGCUUUAAGAACAUGUGUAAGCUGAAACCGUUACUACAAAAGUGGUUAGAGGACGCUGACAGCACCUUGGCCAAUCCGGGCGCUCUGUGCAACCCCCUGACGACACCAGAGACGAUAGGGCGCAGACGCAAGAAACGCACGUCGAUAGAGACAAGCGUGCGCGUCGCAUUGGAGAAGGCUUUUAUGCAAAACCCGAAACCGACCUCGGAGGAGAUCUCGAUGCUCGCCGACAGCCUCUGCAUGGAGAAAGAAGUGGUCAGGGUGUGGUUCUGUAACAGGAGACAGAAGGAGAAGAGGAUCAACCCACCCCCGGCGGCGAUGGGAUCGCCGUGCUCGACGGCGAACCCGCCUCCAGGUUCGAUGUAUGCCCUGGCGAAUAACCUCGCGCCGAGUCCCUUGUCGCUUGUGACUUCGAGCCACCAAAGUUUUAACCCGAACGUUAUGGUCAAGCAGGAAUGACAUCACGUCAAUUUUUUCGCCGACCACUACUUGGAGUAGGGCGCGUGCAAUGCGCCGCUCCCCCGGUCGGGGGGCGGCGUUUGAGAGUGUGGCGGUGCUCGACGCGGCGAAGGAGGCAGCACUUUGGUUCAGUCUUUCGCGGAGAGGAAAGAUUUUUUAAUCAUAUCAAAUGCAGAGGGCGUUCUGGUCGCGGCGGACGGACCUCCGGGGAUGUACCCGCAAAGGUUUAAACGCAGACGGGUGCAAAUGUUUCUACAGCGAGAUAGCAUUUGAGCUACAGGGUGUCGAACUUUAAAAAACGGGUUUUUAUAAAUAUUUUAAUGAUCCAGCAGAUUUUUUACCAGACGGUAACAAAGUGCUAAUUUAGUACUCCAGAUUCAAAUAAUGUUAGUCGCGUUUGGGAAGACUUUCAAACUGACAUUUUGGAUAAAAAAAAUAUGCAGCGCUGACUUUUUGUUUAGGUUUUUUUUAAUCGUUCUAUCUCAAAAAAAAGUCAAACAAAAACAAUGUUUUCAGUUGCGUAAUCCAAAAAUUCAAAUAAGUAAAUGGUACACAAUUUUUGUCAAAUAUUCAUUAUCUUAAGUUGGCACCUGGUAUCUCGGACCCACACGAUCGCCUUAAAAUCUCUAAAAAACUAACUGAAAUGUGACGAAAAAAAAUGCGUAUAUUGUUUGAAAAACAAAACAGAAAUAACGUCAUUAAAAGAAAAGUUAUUUGGAAUCAAAUUUUACAUAUUAAAACUACCUGCAAAAAAAUGAACCAAUAAACGACCUCGUUGGAAUUGAAAUCGCAGUUGAAAAAUUACUAUAUUAUUUACAUAUUUUUUUAACAAAUCUUUUUACGAAUUUUUACAUCCUUGAGCGGCCGCGGGGUACUAAACGCGGCGUUGCCACACGUUAAAUUCGAGCGCGUAUGUUUUCAGAGGUCCAAGGUCGCCUCUGCGACCUCCCGGCGCGUACAACGGCGCCGUCGCCCCAGGCCCCUUUGUACAAACGGUUUUAUUUUUAAAUAAACACUGCAGUGAUCGUUCUAUAUUGUAUUUUUACGUGUAAUAUAAUGGUGUACAUACAAUUUUAUUCUCGCGUCUUCGUUGUUUUACGUUUGUUGCGCGUGAGGUGGUGCCGGUUUUCCCCGCCCUCCCUCCCUCCGGCGGCAAGUUAGAUAUAGAAUAUUUCAGUCUAGGGGUAAAACGGGUCGAAUUCGAUACGACAAUGACGAAAAAAACUUGGCGUUAUUUUUUUUUCGGCUGUCUCCAACUCUACGGCGACACGGACUGCCGUCUCCUGUCAAAUUGGACGAAGGCAUAAAGGAAAUCGGAAGAACAUUCCAGAGGUUAAAUGCAAUGUAUCCCAAAACAGAGCAAAAAUUAUUUAUGAACAACUAAAACCAAAUUGAACUUUUGACACUCUGUAACUUAAAAAUACUCUCACUUUACUCUGAGAAAUAUGUCGGAGCAUACCUUACAGAAAUACCCUGUGACUUAAGCGUAAAUAGUCUCAUCAGCCAUUUUCUCCCAUUUUUCUAAACAGAAACGUCAAAUUUGACAGGCCCUCUUACUGCGACGGUCGUCCGUGACGCUGUCGCCGCCACGGACGGGGAAAAUCGGCGAGUCAAGAUGGCGAGAGGCGUGGUUCGGCUUUACAGGGUCCCUCGAUUUUAUCAAUAUGGACACGCGCCCGCCAUCUACCGGCUAAGCGCCGCACUGCAUAAUCGCGCAGGACGGCCGACCGUUCUGGAAUGAUCGGCAGAGGUCGCCCCGUCGUGGGAUGCGGUCGCGGCGCGUUAUACACAGUAUGGUCCGUGACGAACGUGCCUUCAAGAUUAAAGAAAAUGAAAAUAAUCAUAAUAUCUACCAGGGGAAUAUAUUCAGGUCGAGCUGUGCAGAAAUCCCAAUCUCGAGAACCAUAAUGCUCUGUGUGCCAAUCAUCGAUCGACAUUUGGCAAGAUGUCGUCGUUUUGCAGACUCUAAGAUUAAUCUUCGGCGCGGUCGUGAUGGACCACGCUGCAAAAACGACGUUUUUAAUGGGUCUUUUUUUGUUAAGGGAGGACCAAGCGACGUGUUUCAUUUCCGAGAAAGUUCCUAUGACGUUAUUUAGUUGUUGAUACAUAUUAACUUAAAAUUAUAAGUGUAAUAAUGACGGUACGACCGCGGAUUAUAGUGAUCGGUAGUUUGUCGACCCACUUUACCGACGAAUAGGGUAUAACCACAGUAUUUCCAAAAAACUCGCGCGCACACACAUAUAUUUACGGUCAGUGUGCCCGGUUAUUUUACGAUUUCCCCCUCAAACCCUUUCCUUCUCCCCGCAAAUCGUAAAUCGCAACGUAUAUCGCGAACCCAUGCUCACAGAUCGGUUUUUUCGAGAACCCCAACUUCCCACCCACAUAUCGACUCCACUGUAACAUACGAUUUAACUGUGAGCGUUUUACCUUGUGCCCGAUGCCGGGAAACCCUGUCUGUUCAAUCACUGAUUUUUUGCAGAAUAACGAGAAAUAGAUCUUCCACCCCUAGGGCAACCUAGUUGAAAUUUUUUUGAUAGUUUUUUUACCGUUUAUGGCGCUGAAACACAGACCAUUUAGGCAAUUCUUUUUGAAGUUUACGGCGAGAAAAGCAAAAAUCGGCUCUGUAAUUAACGAUUUGAACCCUUUUGAUAGCGUAUCUAGUGAUUAAAUGUGCCAGCAUUCCGGCACGGCACUAACAAAACUUCAUAUCAAUGUGUAAUACUAGAGGGCGUGUGUCCCGCACGCCGAAAACCCUUUAUAUUUUGCAUUUGUAUAACGUUCGUAUAGAUAGGUUUUAUAGUAGGUAUAUGUGUGUAGUAUACAUGUUUACGUAAUAUAGUAACAUAGACCUUAACGGAAUCAAGUAUACAAGUAUUGUCCCGAUAGUGAAAAUGUCGACGUGUCGUUUUCCGAUGCUCGCGGGGAAACCAGACAUGCCGGCCUGGAUUUUUUCGUUUUAUAUCUCGACGAGUAAAAGACCCUAUUCAGAUGUGUGUACUAUACAGUGGUCUAGGCAAUAAACGUGUACAUUAUUUUCAUUAAAGAAAUCCAUUCGUAUCUUCGUUUCGUUUUAUUCGUCGCGUACAUCAGAAAAUUGGCAGUUUCGGUCGAUGGUUGCAUUCAACAAGCGUCUUUAUUACUUGCGAUAAUGAAGUUCGCAAAAAACAGUCGCCUCAGGUUGAGGCAGAUGCUAAUUUUUGGUGUAUAACCGAUUGUCAUAGGCGACUACAAUAAAAUGCCACGUUUAGUCGCAUUUUAAAUUAACAAAGCUAAAUCACUGUCAGCAUAGUUUACCACAAAAAUAUAAGUGUUUAUUACUAGCCAGACCUUGUCUAAGUACUGUACCGGUUCAUUAAUUGACAUGUAUAAAAAAGUAACACUAACAUCCCUAACUUUUUCUCGUAAGAAAUGUUAUUUCAGAUGUAUAUGUAUUUUAUGCUUACGAAAUUUUGAUUUUUUAUUGUAUGGCACUUUGUCAUUGUA